GCCUCCUCCGGUCAGCCGAAAACCGGAAAUGUGGAGUCGCUGUGUUCGGCGGCUCCUGUGUUCUGAGGGCAAUGAGGGCCGUCGGUUUUCGAGUCUUGGCGGGGUUUUUUCGCCGGCCGUGCGGAGAGAUUUCUUCACCACCACAACCAAGGAAGGAUAUGAUAUGAGGCGAGUGGGCAUAACUCCUUUAGAACAAAGGAAAUUAACUUUUGAUACCCAUGCACUGGUUCAGGAUUUGGAAACUCAUGGAUUUGACAAAGCACAAGCAGAAACAAUUGUAUCAGCAUUAACCACUUUAUCAAAUAUCAGCCUGGAUGGUAUCUACAAGGAGAUGGUUACCCGAACUCAACAGGAAAUAACAGUACAACAACUAAUGUCUCAUUUGGACUCCAUCAGGAAAGACAUGGUCAUCCUAGAAAAAAGUGAAUUUGCAAAUCUGAGAGCAGAGAAUCAGAAAAUGAAAACUGAAUUGGAACAAGUUAAGCAACAACUGAUCAAUGAAACCAGUCAAAUCAGAGCAGACAAUAAACUGGACAUCAACCUAGAAAGGAGCAGAGUAACUGAUAUGUUUACAGAUCAAGAAAAGAAACUGAUGGAAGCAACCACAGAAUUUACCAGCAAGGAUACCAAAACCAGAAGUAUUAUUUCCGAGACCAGUAAUAAGAUUGACACUGAAAUUGCUUCUUUGAAAACACUGAUGGAGUCUAACAAGCUUGAAACAAUUCGCUAUCUUGCAGCCUCAGUGUUUACUUGCCUGGCAAUAGCAUUGGGAUUUUACAGAAUCUGGAAAUAGUUGAGAAACUAUGAUAGUAUGCUGCUGCUGCCGCGGACUUGAGAACACGACGCCAGGCUACAUUUACUCUGAAUAUGGAAAUUGCAGCAGAUACUCAAUACAACAAGAUUAUUCAGAGUACAUAUGGACUAAAAAAUAUUUUUAAAUGGGAAGAUAUGCUUUGAGUUGGUGUUUUGUGUGUGUAUAUUUAUUUUAUUAUGUUGAAAAGCUGUCAUUCAAAACCUGAUUGAGAUAAAGAGGCUUUUUGUCUUUAUCCCUUUCAUAGUUCAUAGAAACUGAUCCAGAGUUCUCUUGUGUUUGCUUGAACAAAUGUGUAUCAUUUAGGAUUUCUUUGAUGUCUGCUGCAAAUUUAAAAACUACUCCCAAGCCUACAUACUUGUUAUUGUAUUCAGCUUCCCUGGUAACUACUGCACAGUUACCUUUUCAUAGAAAAUAAAAUCUUGUUCUAACAAAGUUGCUUGGAUUUUCAAGGCAACUUACCAUAUAUGGAGAUUGGGUUUCUUGGUAGUAAAUUAAAACAAGGAACUUUAAAA